AUGGAGGGGUUCCCAGUGAAAAACGAGGUGCUCAAGGAGCCGCGGCCAGCCGUGGCGCCUGCGUCUGCACUUCUUCCCGCUUCAACAGCUUACAGCGCGGAUGCCGACAGGGAUGUCGACGCCAUCGAGAUCGCCGACGUUGACAUCAAAGACCCCUUCUCUGCCGGAGUAGACGGCCGUGACGUGCUGGUGGGAACAGCGGGCGUCUUGAGGGGCGGAGAAGAGAUGCCGCCAUGCUUGUCAGCGCCGUACAUGGAGGCACUGCUCAACACAGACCCCCGCAUCUCCUUUGAUGUGCUGCACAUCGGGGCCCUUCGCGCCAUCGAGGAGCGGGAGGAGAUGAACCGCCCUUACUACGACUACAUCUCGUGGUGUGUCCCUCCCACCGAGUUUGUGGAGCACCCGCCGAAGGGAGGGGUGCCCUUCUUCACGGUGCCGUUGAUGCACCCGGCAGUGCGCACUCGACCACCACUCGAUCGAGGCGAUCGCGAUGUGGAUGAGCUCCUCUCUCACCCCACCAGAGAAGCUCUGACUGCUGCUAUCGGGGCCGACAUGCUGGAGCACCUACGCUUCAGCCGCAACGCUGACGUGAUGCGACGACGGCGCUCAAAACGGGCGGCGGCGGCAGGAGGCAAGGGUUAA